AUGGCCCUCGCCGUAUCCCACGCCGAGAAGACAGCGGUUUUUGUGGAUGAGACGGCAAAGAAAGAUCCAACGCUGAAGGCUUCGUUCACUGAGUGCCACAAGGCUUACUUAGCCGUGGUGGCUGAUCUCAAGAGCGCAAACGUGAAGCUCAAGCUAUCCCCGGAUACAGCUCACUACGACGUUAGGGCUUCUAACGACAAAAUGAGACGCGUGGCAGGAUUGGUUGGGACAAACAGUGACAAUGCUUCAACCACGCUCAAGGAAAUGCCCGUGCUGAUGGAUAAACUCCUAGAUCUUGCAGCUGGAGUUGCCGAUGCCGUGGACUGGGCCGGUCCUGAGCAAAGCCUAAUGAAACAUUGGCCUUAG